AACUAUUUGCCCCAUUUGGUUUUUCAAUAAUUCGCAAUUUGAGGUUAGAUCAAGUGAUGUUUUCGUAUCCUAAACCGUAUUUAUUGGCGAUUUCGUGUAUUAGAACACGAAACUAAAUCAAAAAAACGUUCAUUUUGCUGUGUCUCGAGACAUGGCAGAGUCCGAAAUGCGAUCGAAAAAACUCGUCCAUGAGGGUUGUACCAUCUAUAAAGAAAAGCCCUUCGUUUACGUCCUUAGUUCGAAAUUGCGGACGGAAUAUUGCGAUUUUUGCCUCAAAAAGGGGCAGUUUAUGAAAUGCUCAGGUUGCCACUAUGUGUAUUAUUGCGGAAAAGUGUGUCAGAAGGAUGGGUGGAGUGUGCAUAAAUCAGAAUGUAGGGGCUUGAAGCGAGUGGCCCCCAGGAUUUUACCGGAUGCUGCGAGGUUUAUCGCGAGAUUAAUCCACAUUUUGAGGAAAGGGGGCGAUUUGGUCAAGUCGUAUUAUUUGGAGAAUUGUUUCAGGAUGUAUAAGGAUUUAAUGUCGCAUUAUCCGAAUAUAAAAGGGGACCAGCAACGAAUGGAGCAUUUCACGUCACUGUGUGCUGUUUUAUUUGAAUUUUUAGGCGAUGAUAGUCUUCCAAAUUCGGCUGAAUUGAUGGGAAUGUAUGGACGUAUGUGUAUAAACAGCUUUAACAUAAUUGAUCAGGAGCUGCAAUGUAUAGGAACAGGGAUGUAUCUAGGAGCUUCUGUAAUUGAUCAUUCUUGUAGCCCUAAUGCUGUGGCGAUUUUUGAUGGACCAAUUUUAUCCAUUCGAGCUUUACAAACGUUCCAAUAUUUAGACUGGUCUCAGAUAAAAAUUAGUUAUAUCGACAUUUUAAACACAACGAAAGAUCGCCAAAGUGAAUUAGAAGCCGCUUAUUAUUUCUUGUGCAAAUGUCCGAAAUGUCUCGAGCCUGAACCACCUGAAAUAAACGCAGCGGCGUGUCCUAAUGAAAAAUGUGACAAUCACAUCGAUACCGAAAUUAUAACUCCUGGCGAUAAAUGUGCGAAAUGUGACACAGUUGUAAGCGAAACGUUCCUAAAGCGUUUUAAGGAAGUAAUCGAGUUCACCGAUUUGCAUUUACAAAACAUGAAACAAUUAGCUUAUUUUGACGUUUGUGAGAUUUGUUUAAAGAAGCAAGAAGGUGUCUUGCACAAAUUUAACAUAAAACACGUCAAGACUCUGGAUUUGGCCUUUCAAUCUAGUAUUGACUUUCAAAAAUGGGAUUUUGCCAGAAAAUUCGCCCUUGAGCUCGUUGACGCUUUCUAUAAAUACUACGGACAUGUGCAUCCGAUUACUGGGUUAUUGCAUUUGAAGUUGGGCAAAAUCUUGCUGUUUGAGGAAAAUGAUCAGUUGGCGUUGGAACAUCUGACCAAGGCCUAUCAGAUAUUGAAGAUCAUUCAUGGGGUUGGUAGUCAUUUGUUUAAGGAUGAGUUGGUGCCAUUGUUGCAACAAGCACGGGCAGCAAUAGCGAAUUAAAAACUGAUUGAAAAAAACUGUUUUAAUAAGUCGAAAAUAAAUUUAAUAUAAAAUAAUUA